AUGAAUCACAGAACACCAUGUGAGAGAAUUGCCAACGCCAACGAGUGGUGUGGCUUCACGUAUACUCUGUUCCGAAGCGGAAUCCAGGACAUCGGGCCGCAAGCUCGAAUCUUUGCUGGUGAUCAUCUGGAGUCUCACUAUAUAUACGAUGACUCGACGGGCAAUUACACCCAAAAUCUUGUGCAGAAUCGCAACGUUGUCGCAACCCUGAGCACAAAUGACGGCGUUGCCCAGGGCUUCGGAACGGCUGAGGAAUGUGCAGCUACUGAUUGCGGCACGGUCCCAGCACAUCGAUGUAUUAAUACCAUCAUCACCAUGGAUAGCCCCGAUCCCGACUACGGAAAGACUCAAGCUCAAGCUCCGGGUGUGACUACGAGCGGAUUUGGCACGUCCGACGGCGGCAAGACUUGGGCGGUUGACAGGAUCAGCAUUCCUCAGUUCACGUUUACUUAG